AUGCAGGCUGCGCUGACGCACCUAGACGAUGCGCCCAUGCUCUUCUGUGAGCGGUGCAACAACCUCCUCUACCCGGAAAGCGACCCCAUCGACAGGCAAAUGAGAUGGCGGUGCAACUAUUGCAAGGCAACUGAGGUGCAUGACGACAACAAGCUCGUGUACAUCCUGAACCUCAAGAUGAAGACGGGCACAGUGGAAGAGUUGGAGCUGUUGGCUGAAUUUGCGAAUGACCCGACAGCGCAGCGCGACCCCACGAAGAAGUGCCGUCAGUGCGGUGAGCAUGACGUGACGUGCUUCGUGAAUCCACUCGGGCAGCCUCACGAGGACAUGACUCUCUACUUUGCCUGCGCGAACCCCAAGUGCCGUCACGUCUGGAAGAGUGGCGACAACCAGGAGCAGUAA